AUGGAGGACGAAGUCAGUUAUUCAUCACUUGUCUUCAAGAACAGUGGCGCAACUCAGAAAGAAGCUGAAACGGCAGCAAACGGUCAGACUCCUCUGAUGUCGGUGUGUUUGGGGAUUCUUUGUGUCCUUCUGCUGAUAGCCGUCAUCGUCCUGUCCGUCAUCAUCUCCAUGGUAAAGAAGGAUCAGGAAGCAACCAUCAGUGACCUCAAAGCUAAAAAUGAUCAGCUGAGUGUGGCGAAUAGCAACCUAACAAAUCAAACCAAACAACUAGUUGUGGAGAAAAUAAACCUAAUGAAUCAGACCAAGCAGCUGAUGGAUGACAAACUAAAGCUGCAGAACAAUAACACAGCUCUAAACUCAACUAUUCUGACUUUAAAUAAUCAGAUCUCUCAACUUCAGAACAACACGAGUGUCCUGAAGAACCAAACUGAGAAGCUGACAAAAGAAAGGAACAACCUCAACUGGACUCUGGGAUUCAUCCUGACCUUCGACACUUUCCCAGUUAAAGUCUUCUGUCCCAACAAAACAUGUCAGCCGUGUCUGGUGGGAUGGAUUCAGUUCCAGGACAAGUGCUACUUGUUUUAUAAUGAAAACUCAGCGUCGGCCUGGAAGACCUGGGACCAAAGUCGACAGUUCUGUCAGAAUAAUUUUUCAGAUCUGGUUGUUAUUAAUAAUCUGCAGGAACAGCAGUUUGUUGGUAAUCUCACCAAGUUCUACUUGGAUGAAUGGCAUGGAUUCUGGUUAGGAUUACGUAAUGUUAACAACAACUGGGUCUGGGUUGAUGGACGUACUGACACUCUGGGGUUCUGGGGGAGUACGAACAUUGCCAAUGAGUCUGUUCUGCUGGUUCCUGGGACACCCCCCACACAGAGCUGGAGGCGUUUAACGUCAUCAAGUGCUGAUAAGUUCAUCUGUGAGCGUGACGCUCUGGUGUGGUCCAUUUAG